UAGGGUUUAAAAUACUUCUGUAGAAGUUGAAGAAUCAAGAAUCAAGCUUUUUACUCUUCAAGUAAAAGUGUAAAAAUUACUGGUUUUAAAACUAUCUUGCUAUUUUCACACCUUACGUCUUUUUUUUUAAAUAGCAAUGGAAAUGAGGUGUGUUCAGGUACAUUUCUGGAGUUUUGCUUGUUUAUCUUGGUAACAGAAAACACAGAAGCUCCACUGACUGAAUACAACCUAGACAGACGCCAACAGUCAGACGUUCAUCGCUAUCUCGGUAACACAGGUGCUGUGCCGAGCCGAGCGUACACCCCCACUUAUUACACACACAUGAACACACAGCAGCACAAACCCAACUUUUACAUCAACAAUAAACAGAAUAGUAAAUAAAAUAACAUUGCUGUUCCCGUAAAUGAGCUGCUGGAGCUCCUUCACAGCGUCAACCAGCAGCUCAGUUUCCUCUGCUGAGAAGAGUUUGUUGGACACGUCCAGGUAGCUGCACCGCUAUAAUAGCAAUACACCAAAGACAGAGCUCACCUGACUCUUAAAGAGAAUGAUGAGCAAAAUACUCUGAUUGGUUUAUUUCACAUUACGCCCAAAAUUAACAACACCCAUCAUUAAUUAAGAGAAUUAGUACAUGCCUUUUUGCGUGUUUCGAGCCGUGCAAGGUGUACUUUUCCCGUCGUUACGAUAGCAAAGACACACUGACGCCCUAAAUCAAGCUGCAUGGUGCACUGCGGUUGACGGCUCAUCUGUAGAUCGCUACAAUUAAAUGGUCUGAAGUGAAGGAAUGGAUGUCAUAUUUUUCAUAUUUGCAAUCAAAUAAAAGUUGAUGAAAGUUGAUGAAAACUUGAGAAACAAGAAUAGCGCAACAAUUAAAGGUUAGGAAUUGGGAGCAGAUUCAAUUCAACAAGCUGAGUUUAAAAGUAAGUUAAUAAGGGUAUGAGAGGUUUGCAAACCAUUGCAUUCUGAGUGACUCUCUCCGUAUGUGUUUACUCACCGUCUUUCUUCUUCUGUAAAUAGAAUGGAAACUGAGUUUCCAGUGAAGGAUCCUGGAUCCUAUUGUUUGAAUUAAAUAAACAGAUGGUAGAUUAAAUGAUGAUAGAUAAUACAAUUAAACGGGACAUGGGUUUAAACUGAUUCCUAUAAACUGGCCAGUUUUACCGUCUCUACAGCAUCUCGCCUCAGACAGAGCCAGACUAAAACCUUGUGUUCAUCCAGCCUGUACACCCUCACAACCAGUAAAAUGAAGGCUGCACUCCUGCUGUGUGUCCUGCUGUAUCUGAACUCAGCCGUUAACGGAGGUCUGACUGGUAAUACAGUGUUUUUCCCGCAAGCAUCGGCGAACUCCUACGUGAAGCUCAUCCCCCUGAAGCCUCUCAGUUUGGAUGCUUUUACUCUGUGCCUGCGUCUCUCUGUGGAUCCAGAUGUGGUGAAUCAGCCGAAACGGGAAACCAUCCUCUUCGCUUAUCGAACCCAAAACUUCGAUGAACUGAAUGUGUGGCAGGAAAAAGGCAAAAUCAGCUUCUACUUGAGCAACAGUGACGGUGCCCUGUAUUCCAUCCCUCUUCUGUCCGUUUUCCGUACAAACCUGUGUCUCACCUGGGAGUCCAGCACCGGUCUGGCUGCUUUCUGGGUGGACGGGAAGCGCAGCACCUUACAGGUGUACAGACAGGGUCACCGGGUCCAGUCCGGGGGCGCGGUGCUGCUGGGACAGGACCCCGACUCUUACCUGGGUGAUUUUGAUAUAAAUCAGAGUUUUGUGGGUGAAAUUACUGAUGUGAACAUGUGGGAUUCAGUUCUUACAGGCAGUCAGAUUAGACACUUUAAUGAGAAGGAGUGGGUGGGACCAACCGCUAAUGUUCUGAACUGGAACACUAUGCAGUACGAGGUUAAAGGAAAUGCUAUUGUAGCGCCUGAGAAAUACAUCUGAAAUGUAAGAUGUAAUGAUUCAGAGCUAAAGAGCUCUAUCACUGAAAGUGGUGGUGGUUAAAUUUUUGCUUAUUCUGUAUUUCUAAUGGUCUAAUUUUGCUCAGUUUUCUGUGUCUGUACUCUUCCUUCCAUUUCCAUGUUAAUGACUGGUUUGACUUUGUUACUUUGAUACUUCGGAGGGGGGGAAUGCUUUGUGACGGG